AGAUUCCCUGGACAAAAUUGGGCACGUCUUCCUCCGCGAACUUCGCCUUCCUCCUCGCCCUGCCUACAACUCUCUCCGUGCCCCCCUCGGGCCCUCGCUUCUCGCGCUCUUCUUCCUCUGCCUGCCUGCCUCCAACAACUCGUGAGGGCGCCGCCGUCCGUCCCCGUCUCCGUCUCCGUCUCGGGGAGCGAGGAUGAUCGCGCGACGCCUGCUCCGAUCCAAUGCCCCCGCCCAGGCAAGCAGCUUAUUGAAGCAUGUAACUGGCACUGCGAGUUUGCAAGGGCAUGCGGAUAGUUUGUUGGAUGCCUCAGUCAGACAUUUUAGUUCAGCUCCAUCUGCACAGUCUGCCUCAACUGAAGAAAAUGGGUUUAAGGGCCAUGGCAUGUUGGCACCUUUUACAGCUGGCUGGCAGAGCAAUGAUUUGCAUCCACUGAUUAUUGAGAGAUCUGAGGGUUCCUAUGUUUAUGACAUUAAUGGGAACAAGUACCUGGAUUCUCUUGCAGGAUUAUGGUGCACAGCGUUAGGUGGUAGCGAGCCUCGAUUAGUCAAAGCAGCAACUGAGCAAUUAAACAAGUUACCCUUCUACCAUUCCUUUUGGAACCGUACUACCAAACCUUCGUUGGAUCUUGCACAGGAGAUCCUUAGCAUAUUCACUGCAAGGAAAAUGGGAAAAGUUUUCUUCACAAACAGCGGUUCAGAAGCAAAUGACUCUCAGGUCAAACUAGUAUGGUAUUAUAACAAUGCAUUGGGGAGGCCAAACAAGAAGAAAUUUAUUGCACGAUCAAAAGCAUACCAUGGAUCUACAUUGAUAUCAGCGAGUCUAACUGGUCUUCCUGCCCUGCACCAGAAGUUUGAUCUACCAGCACCUUUUGUUCUGCACACUGACUGCCCUCACUACUGGAGAUAUCAUCUUCCUGGUGAGACAGAAGAAGAAUUUGCGACUAGACUUGCCACCAAUUUAGAGAAUCUUAUUCUCAAAGAAGGACCAGAAACAAUCGCUGCUUUCAUUGCUGAACCUGUGAUGGGUGCUGGUGGUGUCAUCCCUCCUCCAAAAACCUAUUUUGAAAAGGUUCAAGCAGUGGUCAAGAAGUAUGACAUUCUUUUCAUAGCAGAUGAGGUUAUCACUGCAUUUGGAAGGUUGGGGACUAUGUUUGGAUGUGAUUAUUAUAACAUCAAGCCAGAUCUAGUUUCAUUGGCCAAGGCUCUUUCAAAUGCCUAUGUACCCAUCGGGGCAACUCUUGUUAGCCAAGAGAUAUCAGAUGUGAUUCAUUCCCAGAGCAAUAAGCUUGGUUCAUUUGCUCAUGGGUUUACAUACUCUGGUCAUCCAGUUGCCUGUGCUGUGGCCAUAGAAGCUCUGAAACUUUAUCGCGAAAGGGAUAUUCCUGGUCAUGUCAAGCAAAUCGCUCCAAAGUUCCAGGACGGAAUUAGGGCGUUCGCAGACAGUCCAAUUAUUGGGGAGAUACGCGGCUUAGGGAUGAUAAUGGGAACCGAAUUCACUAACAACAAAUCACCGACCGAUCUAUUCCCUGCCGAAUGGGGGGUUGGUGCGAUCUUUGGAGAGGAGUGCCAGAAGCGCGGCAUGUUGGUCAGGGUUGCCGGCGACGCAAUCAUGAUGUCGCCGACGCUGAUCAUGACACCCGCUGAAGUCGACGAGCUGGUGAGCAUCUAUGGGGAAGCCCUCAAGGCCACGGAGGAGAGGGUGGCAGCCCUGAAAUCCAAGAAGAACUAGCAAAAGGGCGAGGACGACGACGAUAACACCGGGCGGAGCUGAUGUACAGGUGAAAUAAAAGUUGGUGGCUGCGAGAUGGCAAUAACGCACCGGAACGGUCGUCGCUGUUCUUGAAGUGCAAGGUCGCAGCUGCUCGGUCACUAAGCAAUGGUGACUGACCUUUUAAACAGGACAUAGAUGUUUUUUUCCCCCUAAGCAAUGGCAAUAUCUCAAAUGUUUGCUGCCCUGUACUUCCUGAAGAUAAUUUGUUUCAAGUAUACCCUUACUGGUAGAAUAUUCAGAUACAUAACUUUGUAAGGCAAAACAAUAGUAAAUGGUCCCAAAUAAAGUGAAGGAAUUACAGGGCUGAA